GGACGGGGGUGGCGAGGGCCGUCCCGCCAUGAACUUGGCCAGUCAGAGCGGCGACGGCGGCAGCGGCCAUCUGCUCUUCGCCAACUUCAACCAGGACAACACAUCCCUUGCAGUUGGCAGUAAAUCAGGCUACAAAUUCUUCUCUCUUUCUUCUGUGGACAAAUUAGAGCAGAUCUAUGAAUGCACUGACACAGAAGAUGUGUGCAUUGUGGAGAGGCUGUUUUCCAGUAGUCUGGUGGCCAUAGUUAGCCUUAAAGCUCCACGCAAGCUGAAGGUUUGUCACUUUAAGAAGGGGACAGAGAUUUGCAACUACAGUUACUCCAACACCAUCUUGGCUGUCAAACUCAAUAGGCAGAGGCUUAUAGUAUGUCUGGAAGAGUCUCUUUAUAUACACAACAUACGAGACAUGAAGGUAUUACAUACAAUCAGGGAAACACCUCCCAAUCCUGCAGGGUUGUGUGCUUUAUCAAUAAACAAUGAUAACUGCUACCUGGCCUAUCCAGGAAGUGCAACCAUUGGUGAAGUACAAGUCUUUGACACCAUCAAUCUGAGAGCUGCUAAUAUGAUCCCAGCUCACGAUAGUCCCUUGGCUGCUUUGGCAUUUGACGCAAGUGGUACUAAACUUGCCACUGCGUCAGAAAAGGGGACAGUAAUAAGAGUGUUUUCCAUUCCAGAGGGACAGAAACUCUUUGAAUUCCGAAGGGGAGUGAAGAGGUGUGUGAGCAUCUGUUCGUUGGCUUUCAGCAUGGAUGGCAUGUUUCUGUCUGCAUCCAGUAACACAGAGACGGUGCAUAUCUUCAAACUUGAGACUGUGAAAGAAAAACCUCAGGAAGAGCCUACAACCUGGACAGGUUACUUUGGAAAAGUGCUGAUGGCCUCAACAAGCUAUCUGCCUUCUCAAGUAACAGAAAUGUUCAACCAGGGUAGAGCUUUUGCUACAGUCCGUCUGCCGUUCUGUGGGCACAAAAACAUCUGCGCACUUGCCACAAUCCAGAAGAUCCCUCGUUUAUUGGUGGGAGCUGCUGACGGAUAUCUCUACAUGUACAACCUAGACCCCCAAGAAGGAGGAGAGUGCACACUAAUGAAGCAGCACAAGCUUGAUGGCAGCAUGGAGCCGGCCAACGAAAUUCUAGAGUCUGCAUCCCAUGACCGGCCGUUGGUAGCGCAGACAUACAGUGCUGCUGUGACUAAAGGUACAUAUGUGCCUUCCUCACCCACAAGGCAUGCCUAUACGGAUGACCUGGGUGCCGUGGGUGGAGUUUGCUUGGAAGAUGAAACCAACUCACUUAGAUUGGAUGAAGACAGUGAGCAUCCUCCCAUGAUCCUUCGGACAGACUAAACUUUGACCUGUGAACUCACUCCUGAAGCAGAGAACACUGGCUUGAUGUUUCUUGAGGAAUCUCGUGUUAUGCUGCUAUGAACUUUGACAUGAGUUGGGAGAGAGGAUGACAGACUCUUACAGUUUUAAGUCAUAGCUGUAGUUCUGAUUCUAUACAAUUGGAAAAAUAUAUGGUUUUCAAUUCAGUGGCUUUUAAUCUUGCUUAUCUAUUUUAGCUGUGUUUAUUUUUUUGUUGCCAAAACCUGCUGUUUGUGCAGCCCUCAAAGCCUACUAGCUUUGCAUGCAUUCAUGUGCCAAGCAAGCAUAGGAGGGGGAGAGAGAGAAGCCACUUUAUAACAAACCCAAGUUUGUAUUUUUUUUAUAUAUGUAUAUAAUAUUUAGCUUAUAUAAGGAAGGAGUAGAGAAGUGGUUCUGGAAGCUGAGACUAGUUCUGCACUGACAAAGGUCCAAAUGGUUUCCUGUGCAUGGGCUUGCAGGCAUACCUAGUGACUGACAUGCAACCUUUCAAAUGCAAUGGCCUGUUUUUUUGGGUUCUCCCUCCCCUUUCCUGGACCAUUUUGUUAAUUAAAAUUCCUUCUGAAUGUUG